AUGAGUCCACCAACAAUUGCAGAAAUCAUCAAAGAUUCCGAAGUCCAACCUGAACUCGUGCAGCGCAUUGCUGUUCGCGAGUCCCAGCCACCUCUAGAAGUCCACCCCUACAACCCAUCAUGGCCCAAGAUCUUUCUCGAGAUAAAACAGCGCAUCAUCCGUGCCCUCGGCGAAACAGCCGUCGCGGUCCAUCACACAGGCUCUACAAGUAUACCAGGCCUACCAGCAAAAAACAUCAUCGACAUUGAUCUAGUAGUCCGCGAUAGCACUGACGAAGCCGAGUACGUGCAAAAACUCGAAUCGGCAGGGUUCAAGUUUUUACUGAGGGAGCCACAUUGGCAUGAACAUCGUUUCUUCUAUACUUACCAACCUUACGCCGUCAAUCUGCACGUCUGGAGUCCGGAUUGUCCUGAGGUGCUUCGUCAUCAGAUCUUUAGGCAAAGAUUGCUUGACUGUCCUGAGGAUAUGGCAUUAUACCUCAAAGCUAAAGAGCUCGCGGCUUUUCAGAUUCGAGAACAUGGUGGGGACAUGGCACAGUAUAAUUUGUUAAAGGAGGAUACAAUUCGCCAAAUAUUGAGGAAUGCGUUCAAGGAUUUGGGCUAUAUCGCAUGA